GGGCUUGCGGUGGCGCAUACUACUGCGGGAGGGCUUACAUCGCCAUUUGGUUAACAGUGAAAAACGGUUGAAACUGAGAAGGGCUCUCCUGACUUAUUUUGAGCGGCUGUGACCUACUUGCUGUUGAAGCCCAGGAUUUGUGUGUUCUAAAAGAAUUAGUUUGGAGCAGCUGUUUAGUAUUUAGUAGUCUUUGAGCUAUGUCAGUGGCCGUUCUCGUGCGACUGGCCACGCAUGGUGGGUCCCGGGUGUGCCGGAGGGUCGUUCUGAAGACCGGAUGGGCCCUGCAGGAUGACCCGAAGAGAUCAGUCCACAGCCCGUCUGAAGUGCGUCCCAGCAACUCACGCUUUGACCCAGACAGCAGCGGUCGUCCCACUACCUGGGACUCUUUUGGUAUUUGGGACAACCGCAUAGAUGAGCCAAUUAUGCUCCCUUCCAGCAUCCGGUACGGCAAACCCAUCCCCAAGGUCAGUCUGAACAAGGUGGGGUACGCGUCACAGAUUGGACAACGCAAAGUGAAUGAGGAUCGCUACCAGCUGUCACAGCUGACCAGCAACAUACUGUAUUUUGCUGUGUUUGAUGGACAUGGGGGAGCAGAGGCUGCUGACUUUUGUCACAAGUACAUGGAGCAGCAUAUUAAAGAACUUGUGACAGAAGAGGACAACUUGGAACUAGUUCUGACAAAAGCAUUUCUCAAUGUGGAUAAAGAGUUUGCAAGGCAUCAUCACUUCAACGCAGAUGCGUCUGCGCUCAGCUCUGGCACCACUGCAACAGUGGCUUUGCUGAGAGAUGGUAUCGAGUUGGUGGUGGCCAGUGUUGGGGACAGCCGGGCCAUGCUAUCCCGGAAAGGCAAAGCUGUAAAACUCACUGUGGAUCACACACCUGAGAGGAAGGAUGAGAAAGACAGGAUUCGUAAAAGUGGGGGCUUUGUGACAUGGAACAGUCUGGGACAGCCCCACGUCAACGGCAGAUUGGCAAUGACCAGGAGCAUCGGAGACUUUGACCUCAAAAAUCAUGGGGUCAUUGCAGAGCCAGAGACCAAACGCAUUACAUUACAUCAUGUCCACGACUCCUUCUUUGCCCUCACUACUGAUGGCAUCAAUUUCAUCAUGAACAGCCAAGAGAUUUGUGAUGUCAUCAACCAGUGCCAUGACCCCAAGGAGGCAGCGCAGCGGAUCGCUGAGCAGGCUACACAGUACGGUGCAGAGGACAACAGCACAAUUAUUGUGGUGCCAUUUGGGGCAUGGGGCAAGCACAAAAGCUCUGAGGUCAGCUUCUCCUUUAGCCGCAGCUUUGUGUCCAGCGGUCGAUGGGCAUGAGUGUACAAAGAUAAAGAGGAAGAGACCAAGAAAAAAUGACUGAACAAAUAAGCAGGCCAGGUGGGAGGGUGAUCCUGGUCUGUCUUGACCAACGUGCAAUACUGUCAGUUCAUGAUGUUAAGGGAACAGGAAGAAAAGACCAUCCAGCCUUCAUCCCCAUACAUUUCGGUUUGGACCAGACACCACACACACUUCAUAACCACUUAGAUCAGAUGAGAGACAGCAACAUGAGUGACAUUAUGCUACAUGAGUCCUCAUUAAGGGUAUACCCUCACAGUCAUUCAGCACAUUUAGGCACAAAUGCUUUGUGAGGUAAGGUACACACUACACACUUUAGUGUGUAUGAUCUGCACACUAACCAGUAUUACUGCAGCCACAAUUGAACAUAACCAGCAAUAUUUAAAAAAUAUUUAUUAACCAUACAGACGGUUCUGUAAUUGCUACAUUAGUAGCUGCCCUAGUUUUACCUCAGAAUACUUGUAAGUGUACGUAUUUAAGAAUUGUGACUUUAAGCUUCUACAAAAAAGUAGUCUUCUCAGCAUUUUUCAAGCAUAGACUUUCAUCGGAAAAAAAGAUUAAGACAGCAGCACUUUUUUCACUCCUUGCAAUUUUUCUGGUACAUAUUAGACUCUCAUGCUGUUGGUUGUGUAGUAUUUCAGUGGUUUGAAACACUUCCAUUUUUAUUGUCUUCAAAUGCAUUGUCACUUUUCAACAUUUGAGACAUACUAGCUCAUAUCAGCUCUGUCUCUCAGAGGACGUAAACUAAAGCAAGUUGUAUUAAUGGCAUUGAAGGCUUUAUCUUCCUUUACAGCCAUUGCACAGCAGCACAGUAAACAUUAGCCUCCAUAUCCAUAUUGAACCCAAUGUUGAAGGAGGUGAAAUAACUUCUUCCCCUUUUUUCCCCCGGCUACCUGCUUUUGUAAACUAUUAAUGUAAUGCAAUGUAUUGGUAAUGGCAGAAGCACAUGGGGGUUGCGUCUGUAUAAAACUAGUGCAACUAGUUUCUGGAGGCAAUGCUUGAACAAUGUGUUUGACAGACAGCCCAGCACAGCCCAUAGCUUCACAUACUUGUAUAUUCUUUCCUGUUUUUGACAGA